AUGAGAUUGGCCUUGAUUGCUCCACUGUCUAUGGCCAUUUGGCUGCUGUGCCUGGCGGCAAGCGCAACUGCCGAUUGCUGCAAGCCGUCGAAGAUCCUCUUCAAGCUGGCUCCCGGCAAGGAGCACAGCUGCCAGACCUAUGGGGGCAAGUACCACAACCACGAGACAUGCGAGAAGAAGAUCUGCGGCAAUGGCGAUGGCAUUGUGGGCACCUGGUGCGGCCGUGGCAAGUGCAAUCCCCGCGGCUGUCACUGCCGCAAUGGCUGCUUGCCCGGCGAACCUGUUUCCAGUUUCCGCGAGAAGCACGGAUACUUCAAUUUUGAAUAUGUGGGCUAUGCUUAA